AUGGCAAGAGUGAUAGUGAGUUCAUGUGUUUUGAGGCGGCGGGCCAGCAUCGAAACGUCAAGCACAGUGGUCUUGGAUCUGACGCCGUUGAGCUCAAGCGUGAAGAGGGCGGUAGUGGAUGGUGUUCAUGAUUCUUGCGAUCAUUGUCAGCUAUUCCUGCACCGUUAUGCGUUUGCCCGCUCGGCCGCCGUUUGGGGUUUUGGUGUUUUACAUCGGUGGAUUCUUGCCGCCUCGCUGAGCGAUGACGGGCUGGAAUUGACUGCUGGGCCAGGGGGGCCAACCGCCAUGAACCAGGCCACCGCCCAGAGGGUUCUACAAGAGUUCCUUAUCAAGCAGGAAGGCUCCACGCUUCGAGCAUGGAUACACAAGCUCGACCCCGAUCACGAGCACAGAGUGUCAGAGAUGUACUUCGUACGAUACAUGCGGGAGCAAGGGUUUGCCUACGAUGUUGGGGAGCUGUACCAAGCACUGGACCUGGACGGUGGCGGGGAGCUGACGUUGGAGGAGCUCGAUCCCAGAGCUGACCAGCUCUUUGAAGAUUUCCGCACGUGGUGCUGCAGCAACUUCCCUGGUGGCCUGGACGAGUGCCUCACGCGAAUGGCCAGAAAAGGGGAGGUGAAGGUGGAGGCUGUCAAGAUUAAUCUCUUCCAUUUCGAGGCGGAUCUAGUCGCCAACGGAUGGACGGCUGGCUGCGAGGAAGAGCUUUUUUAUGCUAUCAGCGCAGACCAGACUAGUAUCGUGGCCAAUGACAUGCGAUGGCUCAACUUGGACAUGCGGCGCUACAAGCGGAAGAUCAAGGCCAAAGAACAGGCGUUGCAUGAGACCAAAGUCCGUGCCAUCAAGCGUGGCGCCAAGGACCCUCGAGAAAACUUGGCAGAUUUCAAACGCUUUCUGCGGCAAAAGCAUGGCGGAAGUCUGCUCAGGGCCUGGCGACAAUCACUGGUAGAAGGGGAUUCCAUGAUGCUACACAAGGGCCAGUUCUUCAAGGCUUGUGUGAAUCUCAAGUGGCGCACGGAUGUCAAGGGCUUGUGGGAGAUUCUCGACACAGACACGAGCGGAACCAUCGGCAUUGAGGAGCUAGACUUCAAGGCUGCUGAGGAGCUGGCACUCUUCCGUCAGUUCGUUAUGCAGAAGUUCGGAAAUGCUACUCGAACCUUCGCUGCACUCGACCUGGAUGGAAACAAGAACGUCAGCGAGGUGGAGUUCUUGCAGGCACUGAAGGAGUUCGGCUACGAACAACGGGACAAACAUUUGUUCCAUGCGCUGGACAGACACGGCAAGAAGAAGAUCAACCUAGAGGACAUCCUGUUUCUAGACAGCUGGAAGCCCAUGGAGUUCCUGCUUGCCAGCCCGAGUCUCGAGUCAGCCCAGAACUUCAAAAACAGACUCCGGGAGAAGUUUGGGACCUUUCUCCGUGCUUGGAAGAUGGUCUUGGACAUGGAUGGUAGCAACACGUGCACUUGGGAAGAGUUCCGACUUACCUGCAAAAAGAUUGGUUUCAAGCACGACAUCGCUGGAGCCUGGAGAGCGCUUGAUCAGAAAAUGGCAGGAACGAUUAACCUGUCCGACAUCGACCCAGCUUCCAGCUCCGUACUCCUGGACUUCCGAAACUGGGCGAUGGAGGAGUUUGGCAGCGUACGAUCGAUGUUUUCCGUCUUCGAUGAGGAUGGCUCCAAAUCUCUGUCUCUGAAGGAGUUCAAGAGAGCAUGCCGCAUAUAUGGGUUUCGUGGCAAUCUGAAAGGCCUCUUCAAUAUCCUCGACGGUACGGGUACGGGCGCAUUGACAAUAGACGAAGUCGUCUUCUUAGACCGCUGGGCCAUUCAGACUGAAGCCGAUAUGGAGAAGGCGGCCGACUCGAUGUCGCGAUUGCCCAGCAUCAUCAAAACAGGGCAAGACAGCGUCUCAGAGGAGUUGGCGGGUCCUGGCCAAGGUCAAACUGUGGCUAAGGCUUUGGAGGCCGGGAGCUGGAAAGACGGAGACCUCCACCCGGCCUUUCGCACCUGGGCCAACUGCCGGCGACGCAGACCUGUCAAGAAGCAAGAUGGGUCCCUGCCACCCUUAGCAUCACAGCUGGAUUUCGGCGAUGCAAGGGUCGUCCGAAGACCUGUCCUCCUUAUGGCCUACGUGCCCGAGGCACAGCCUGGAUGUAUAUGGGAGUUUCCGAAAGUAAGGGGUACCUUAUUUUGGACCCCUUAA